AUGGCGGACGCCGACGCCAAGCCCCCGCCCCCCGACGCCGCGGCGUCCCCGGUUCCGUCGAUCUCCCCCUCCUCCGUAGGUGCCGGGGACGCGGCCGACGCAGACGCGAUCGAGAAGCAGCUCGCCGGCCUGGGCAUCGCCGUCGCCGGCAACGGCGGCGGGUUCCCCGAGCCAUCGGGCUGGGACGAUGGCCCCGUGCCAGUCCCCAUCACGGCCGCCGUCCUUGUCGGCGGUGAUGAGGGUGCCGACGAGAAGGCGCCGGCGCCGACGGGGGCAGUGGAUGUGAAGGUGCGGUUCCCGCGCCGGCCCGGAGAGCCGGACUGCAGCUACUACCUCAAGUUCGGCACCUGCCGCUUCGGGAUCAAGUGCAAGUUCAACCACCCUGCGAGGAAGAAGAAGAGUAGUAGGGUGAGAGGCAGUGGGAGCAACAGCAGCAGCAAUAAAGCAUCGUCUCCUGAUGAUGAUCAGGCUCCUAGAGAAGAAUACGAAGGCCUUGUUCCAGACAUUUCGGAUUCCAUGGGCUUUGAUGACAAGGGGAGCUUAUCUACCUCUCAUAGGAAGAUGUCAUAUGAAGUUAUUGAUAUGAAAAGGGGGAAACUAGAGCCAAAGGAAAAGAUUUGUGAAGAACCUGAAAAGGGAAUUUAUUUUAUGAAGUUAGACGAGACAAAUGUCACAACCCAAAAGGGUGCUAAAGAUAAAAGAAAGGAAACCUUUGCAGAAGGCAACGCUCAGGAGGAAUGCAAGUAUUAUUCAACACCUGGAGGAUGCAAAUUCGGUAAAGCUUGCAAAUACCUCCACCGUGAGGGAAAAGAAGGGAAAACAGAGGUUGAAAAAGCUGAGCUGAACUUUCUAGGUCUUCCACUGCGACCAGGUGAAAAGGAGUGCCCAUACUAUAUGCGCACUGGGAGCUGCAAAUUUGCGACUAACUGCAAGUUUCACCACCCAGAUCCUACUAACGCGCCUUCAAAAGAACCAGGGUUGGAACAUGAGAAUGCGGAUACACCACUGCAAAAUGUCCAAGGAUCCUCUCAGCCUAGCCUUCAGAUAUGGCCUGACCAGAGAACAUUGAAUGAACAGCAUGUUCCUUUUCUAGCUCCAGCACUGUCGUACGGUGGAGGGAUGGUUCCACCUCAAGGAAUGUAUCCAUCUCCUGAUUGGAGUGGGUAUCAUCAGGUACCUUUGAAUCCAUAUUACCCUCCUGGUGUCCCUUUUCCGCAUUUUCCAGCUGCCCAUAUGAAUCACCCGAUGUACAAGGCUGCAGAUAUACCAGGAAAUCAACCACCACCUUCUGAUGAGUAUCCCGAGAGACCUGGCCAACCUGAAUGCCAGCAUUUUAUUAAGAGCGGUUUCUGUAAAUACAGGAUGAAAUGCAGAUUUCACCAUCCAAGGUCGCGCCAGUCUGCACCACUAACAGGUCUUAGCCCCAUUGGCUUGCCUAUCAAACCUGAUCAACCUGUGUGCACGUAUUAUGGCCGCUAUGGUUUUUGCAAGUAUGGGCCAGCUUGCAUGUUCAACCACCCCUUCAACUUCGGCCCUCCCGUGCCGGCAGCAGGACCAGCCCUCCCCGGGCAAUACACUACACCUGGAAACUUCACUGUCUAG